AUGGCGCCACGCAAUAGGAAGAAAGCGGCGCGCGACCGGCAGGUGACAAACGAUUUCUUCAGCAACGCUCACCAAAGAACGCCAUCACCUACGAUCAGCACCGCUCCACUGCCUGGUGAGAUAGCGACAGCUUCCGACCAAGCGACGACAUCAUUUACUCGAGCGCGCGACACACCAUCAAACGUUCCGCUUUUGGCCUACGGUGAAUACGCACUCGAGAAAUACAAGGAAAACCGUAGAGAAACCGAACACCUUUUGAUCAGAGAGUUCAUAUUCACCUACGGACGACAGAUCCCUGGCACAAAAGCUCUUGAGUGGCACAUUGAUCUCGAAAUUAUCAAACAGGUUGCCGAGGGCAUCUUUUCUCGCAGACUCAUCGGACUCUGGGCCACUGGCGCAGAAUCUGUCGGUACUCCAGCAGAAGACAUUGUCGUCACGGUUCCAAGACAAUUUGGUGACUACGAAGCUGCUUCUUUCAUCGUUGGAUAUUUUCUCGAAAGCGCAGUCAAGAUCGAAAAGGGCCUCAUCCCACCAGCAGAUCCAGACAAACCUCCUGCGUACCUACCACUGAUCACGCUUGGAUUGAUCAAAUUCUCAACCCUUCUCAAACAAUUGAACCAUUACCCGGAGGAACCUGCCCACGUUAGAGAUUGGGAAGAUUUCUAUCAAACACGAAUCGACAGUAUGGCUACCAAGGAGAAUCUCUACGUUCCUGGCGCGAUCGCAAACAUGGAUGGCACGAGCUUGACCAAGGGAUCCGCUGAGGAGGAGGAUGAUCUCGAUCUUGGAGCUCUCACUAUCACUGACCCUGCUGCACCUGGCGAAGGCAAGAAGAAGAAGAAGCGCAAGAACCGAAAGCGCAAGAACAAGAACAAGGGCAAGGGCAAGGCUCUCGCUACCGAAACUGCUGCCGACGUCGACCCUGGUGACAACGAUGAACCAGACGAGUCAGAGCCCGAAUCAGAGCCUGAGCAAGAGGCUGAACCAGCGCCUGAGCCAGAACCAGAACCAGAACCAGAACCAGAGCCGGCGGCUGACAAGGGCAAAGGCAAGGCCAGAGCCGAAGACCUUCCAGCAUACGUUCCAGGUCCAGAAACCCCCUCCAUUCCCGACAUGCCUGGUGCUUUCGGCCCAGGUCCGGCCGUCCCUUCUGCCCCCGAAGACAAUGGCGAAGGUCCAAGUUCUCGCGCUGCUGCCGCUCCUGCUCGUCCUGCCCGUGCGAUCGACCCAAUUACGCUCGUUCCAGACAUUGACGCUGGUCUCGAGGGACGCCGUCGUCCGCUCACGGAGAAGGCUGCAAACGAUCGCAUCACCAGACACCUUCACAAGAUCCUCGACGCGCCAUACAAGACCAAAGCCGCUCGUCAUGCUGCGCUUGCUCGCGCUCGCCAGCAGAUCAUGCAAUCCGAGACUCUGGCUGCUGCGCGUGGCGAGCAGCGUCUCCGACCAACUGCGCCUCGUGCCCGCGCUGCGCCUGAGCCAGAGCACGUACCUAGCCGCUUCCAAUUCGGCACCCUGCCUGGCUGGGAGGGAGAAUUGGAGGCAAUGAUGGUGGAGGGCAUGCGCAAGCGUGCGCCAGAGAAGAAGAAGCCUGCCGAAGAGAAGAAAUAGGCUGGGCGAGAAUGUGUUUUGAUUAU